UGUCCCAUUUGCGGCAUUUGAGACCAGUGGAAUCACCGCGAUUUGAAAAGAGAAAAAAAAACUAUGAAUAGAUCAGUAUCGUCAGCAACGACAAGACGAGCCCUCUGACGGCGAGGAGUAUCCACAUAGACGUCGCCAACAAGUCUGAAUCAUGAUGCUCUGAACAGGUCCCUCGUAGGCCUGAAUGGCGGCGGUGGGUAGCAGUCGAAUCGACCUUCCGUCCGUGCUCUCGAGUGAAUUUUUACCUUUCGGCUAAAGCAAGAAAAAAAAAGAGAAAAAGAAAAAUGGAACGUCUGUUGUUAAACCUGCUCGCGUCCGAUAGCGCUACGAUACAGGAGGCAACUAAAGAACUCAAGAAAGUACUUCAGAAUCCAGACAGUGUGCCAGCUUUAUGCCAACUUGUUGUAACAUCAUCGAAUCCGGAGGUACGGCAAUAUGCGACUCUCAUUCUUAGAAGACGUUAUACUAAAGGAAAAUACUGGACAAAAUUGUCUAUACCUGUACGAACCGAAUUUAAGAAAAUUAUAUUACAGGCUUUAGAACAUGAAUCAGCAAACUUGGUUAGAAAUAGCAUAGCUCAAUUAAUAGGUGUCAUUGUUAAACAUGAAUUACCUACAAAUAGUUGGCCAGAAAUUAUACAUUAUGUGCAACAGUUAAUUACUAAUGAAAGGUUGGAGAAUAAAGAACUAGGCCUUUAUACUUUAUCAAUUAUGACAGACGUUACUCCGGAUGCUUAUUCCUCGCAUGCCAGAUCUCUAGUGAUGCUUCUCGCUCAAACGUUGAGCAGUCUUCAGAAUUUAGGAAACCCUGCCGCUUUUUAUAUUUUGGAAACAUUGCGGCAUCUUAUUCCUGUAGCUAAACACGAUGAAACGACACUACAUACUUAUACUACAAUGAUGCCGCUAAUAAUGACCACAAUUCAGACUUUUACCGAAGCUGAACAUAAUGAUUUUGCUGUCCAAAGUUUUGAAUUAUUGGAUGAAUUAUGCGAAAUGAACAUGAUAGUUGUAAUAACGCCCCAUGUAAAAUCUCUUGUCCAUAUGUGCCUUACGAUCAUUGCUAAUAAAUCUAUAAACGAACUUUUGAAAAUUAAGGUGAUCAGUUUUAUCGGCUGGCUAGCAAGAUUAAAGAAAAAGGCUCUCGUAAAGCACAAAUUAGUGGAAUCUAUCGUCGAUAUGUUGUUCGCAGUCAUGAUGAGUAAGCCAGAGGAAGACGAUGAUUGUUCAAAUACAAAUAAUGGAAAUACUGUUUUAACAAGCAUUACUCAAACUUUAGACUUGCUUGCGAUGCACUUGCCGCCGGAAAAGUUAAUUCCACAUUUGUUGCGACAUAUCGAACCUGGACUUCGAAGCACAGAUGAUUAUGUAAAGAAGACGUCGUACGUGGUUAUAGCUGUCUUAGCAGAAGGUUGCGCUGAAUAUAUUCGUUCAAACUAUCUUGAAUUCUUCCUGCGAUGUAUUUGCGAAGGAAUCUCCUAUCCUUCGCCCGUUGUGCGCAAUGCCGCGCUUUAUGCCUUAGGACAAUACUCCGAACAUCUGCAACCGGAGAUAUCACAAUACUCAUCCGAGUUGCUGCCCGUAUUGUUCGAAUAUCUCGGCCAAAUAUGCUCGUACAUCAAACAAGAGAAGAAAGAACCGCAUGCAGUCGGCCGUAUGUUCUACGCUCUCGAAAUGUUUUGUGAGAACUUGAACGAGAAGAUCCUGCCAUACUUGCCCAAAUUAAUGGAGAGAUUAUUCGAUAUCCUAAACGCGGAUACAUCGCCGCACGUGAAGGAGCUCACUCUGAGCGCAGUAGGCGCUGCUGCUUGUGCCAGCGAGGAGCAUAUGUUACCGUAUUUCGAAACAAUUAUAAAUAUUCUUAAUAAUUAUCUUACCACAGAGCCGAGCGAGAAAAACAUGUGUCUUCAAAUUCAAGCAGUAGAUACUCUUGGAGUGGUAGCCAGGUCAAUAGGUGAGAAACAUUUCGCCCCAUUAGCAGCUACAUCACUUGAUCUUGGAAUAAAACUACUAAGAAAUACAGUCGAUCCAGACUUACGGAAAUCUCUUUAUGGGUUGUUCGCCGCUAUUAGCACAAUAAUGAAGAAAGAGAUGGCUGUGACUUUGCCCGAAAUUGUCGAGUACAUGAUAAUGAGUAUAAGGAGUGCAGAUGGAAUUUUAAUGCAUUUUAAGGACGACGAAACUAACGCUCUUACAGUUUACGAUGAUCUCAGCGAUACCGAGAAUGAACGAGAAGAUGAAGAAGAAGACAUUGAAUGCACUGAUAACGAAGAUGAUGAUGAAGAGGUCGAAGGUUACACUGUUGAAAAUGCCUAUAUGGAAGAGAAAGAAGAAAGCGUGAUGGCGCUGAAGGAGAUUGCGGAACACACAGAAGAAGCAUUCAUGCCGUACCUCGAAAGAUCUUUCGAAGAGAUUUUUAAAUUGAUAAAUUAUCCUCAAGAAGAUAUACGGAAAGCGAGUAUAGAGGCUCUAUUACAGUUUUGCAUUAACUUAUCGAAAAUCAAUACUGACGAAGGAAAAAAGGCACUAUUGAAGGCUCUUUCCAUGUUUAUCCCGAAAUUGUCAGAGCUCAUAAGAUUAGACGAAGAACCGACGGUUGCCAUUUGCGGUUUGGAGGCAUAUCAAACACUUUUAAGACAGGUUAAAUCAGAUGUUAUCGCCGGCAUAGGUCAUAAAGAAGCCAUAGUAAAUUGUGUAAUGGAUGUGAUGAAAGACAAAACAGCAUGUCAGGAUCAAGAAGAGAUCGAAGGCAUUGACAUCGAAGCAGAACAAGACGGAUUACUGAUAGAAUGCGCGGGGACUGUAUUUUCUCAUUUGGGCAGAGUACUCUCGGCAGAAGAUUUUGCACUUUACUUUCAAACCAUGUUGCCUUUCUUUUUAAAAAGACUAAAAAUGGACAAUUCAGAGGCGCAGAGAUCCUUUGCUGUUGGAACAAUAUCUGAAUGUUUAUCCGGACUUAAACAUAUGACAGCUGCGUUUGUUUCACAAUUGCUUCCGACUUUUCUACAAACUGGAGCCCAAGAUCCUUGCAGCGAAGUUCGUAGUAAUUGCUUCUUUGGAAUUGGAGAACUUGCCUUGUAUGGAAAAGAAGCAGUUUAUCCACAUUAUCCUAAUAUUCUUCAAACUUUGUCGUGUGCUAUUGCAAAAGAAACAGAUGCAGCUGCACGUGAUAACGUGGUUGGGGCAAUUGCACGACUUAUUAUCACAAAUUAUUCGAAUUUGCCACUUGAACAAGUGUUUCCAGUUUUCGUUGAACAGUUACCUUUAAAGGCUGACUUCCUAGAGCAUAAAGCCGUGUUUCAAAGUAUUCUUACGUUAUAUCAAGCUGGAGUCACUCUCUUGCAGUCUUACAUUCAUACGUUGUUGAAAGUUGCAGUUAUCAUAUUACAUGAAGAAAAGGCUCUUGACGUUGAAACGCAAAAUCUCGUUAUGGAGUUUAUCAAGUCUGUUCAACGAGAUUUUGUAAACGAUUGGAAUGCUCUUUUCACUGAGCUCCCUCCAGAAGUUGUCACAAAUAUUCAACGUAUAUUUUCCUAAUGUAAACGAUUAUGUUAUGCAUGUCAUUUUAUCAUUUUUAAACAUUUAAAAUGUUUAUUGAUUCGCACGUUGAUACGCUUGAAACGGCUUUUUUUAAGUACCUUUUCAAAGUAGAUUUUUUGCCGUUUUUUUUUGCAACUCGAAUGCUAUUGAAUAAAUAGGAUACGAGGUGAAAAUAAUUGCAGUCAGUUAAAUAAUUGUUUCUAUCAGCUUUAUAGACAAAUACUCAACGGUUUUUUUUUAUUUUUUGUUUAUUCGCCGUCUUUAUUCAUUACGAUAUGCAGCUUUAUAAAAUAUUUGUUUGUAACUUUUAUUUGAUAAGUAAAUAAUUUAUAUGAUCUUACAAUUAAAUAAGCAUUUGUUAUCUUUAUAACGCAUGCAUCGAGCAAUUCUUCCUCUACUUUCUUAUUAUGAAUAGACAGUCUAUAAUCGUUGUAAACGUUGUACAGUAAAAUGAGAAAAGAAAGAAAAGUUUAGUGAGAGAAGAAUCUAGAAUAUCUGAUUUAUAUGGAAUAAUUAGGGAAUCUCACGUGAUUUCCUCUUGCGUCGUUAGAUUUUUUUUAGAUUUUCGCUCACGGAAUUAUUGGAGCUGUGUAGAUUUAUAAAUUCUUCAGUGUCCAGUGAGCGUAUAGAUAAAAGAUUUGGUUGACAUGCAGAAGCAAUGUAAACUUGUUUAAUGAGAAUACAAGCAAAACUCUGCCUCUGACAUAGUAAUUGUUAUCAAUGAGCAGAAGGUAGUUCGUAUUUCUUUCUGUUUGCAAUCAAAAACGUAUAAAAUAGCGUAAAUAAAUGUAUUAUGUGACUAAUAAAAGUGUUGUAUGUGCUUUUUU